AUGCCUGAGCGCGGCCAAUCCCCUCCGCCCGAGAGGUCGUCGGGCAAGCAGAUGCACGACGUUCCCGCAUCCGGCAAGGGGACUGACGACGCCUCGCACAAGGAGGACAUCAACAAGGAGGCUCUCGAGCAUCUGACAUCCAACCCCCGGGGCCCGAUGGAGGACGAGGUCGAGCGGAAGUUUGCAAAGACAGCUAAGCCGAACGUGUGA